AUGCCAAAUGGCCAAGGCUCUGCUCCCCAGACCGUCACUUCCAAGGACCCCAAGGCCGCAGCACAGGCUGCCAGCGACAUGAGGAACAUUGUUCGAAGGAAAUUGACUGGCUACGUCGGGUUCGCGAAUCUGCCCAAUCAAUGGCACCGCAAGAGUGUGCGGAAAGGGUUCAACUUCAAUGUCAUGGUAGUCGGCGAGUCUGGACUCGGUAAAUCUACUCUUGUAAACACCCUGUUCAACACCUCGCUCUACCCGCCGAAGGAGCGCAAGCCCCCGAGCCUUGACAUCUCCAAGACCGUCUCCAUACAAUCCAUUAGCGCCGACAUUGAGGAGAACGGCGUGCGCCUCCGUCUGACGGUUGUUGAUACUCCCGGCUUUGGCGAUUUCAUCAACAAUGACGAGUCGUGGGACCCAAUCGUCAAGAACAUCGAGCAGCGCUUCGAUGCCUACCUCGACGCUGAGAACAAGGUCAACCGCAUGAACAUUGUCGACAACCGCAUCCAUGCUUGCGUUUAUUUCAUCCAGCCAACUGGCCACUCUCUGAAGCCAUUGGAUGUGGAAGUUAUGCGUAAACUUCACACCAAGGUCAACCUGAUCCCCGUCAUUGCCAAAGCCGACACCUUGACGGACGAAGAAAUCAGCAACUUCAAGCAGAGAAUUCUCGCAGAUAUUCAUCACCACAAGAUCCAAAUAUUCGAAGGACCCCGUUACGAGCUGGACGAUGAGGAGACCAUUGCCGAAAAUAACGAGAUCAUGUCCAAGGUGCCCUUUGCCGUCGUCGGUGCCAACGCCGAUGUCACCACUGCCGACGGACGCAAGGUCCGUGGCCGCCGUUACCCCUGGGGAGUUAUCGAGGUCGAUAACGAGGAACACUGCGAUUUCGUCAAGCUCCGCCAGAUGCUCAUCCGCACCCACAUGGAGGAGCUUAAGGAGAACACCAACAACUUCUUGUACGAGAACUACCGCUCUGAGAAGCUCACUGCAAUGGGCGUGCAGCAAGACUCGAGCGUAUUCAAGGAGAUCAACCCGGCUGUUAAGCAGGAGGAGGAGCGCUCGCUGCACGAGGCCAAGCUGCAGAAGAUGGAACUGGAGAUGAAGAUGGUGUUCCAGCAGAAGGUAGCCGAGAAGGAGAGCAAGCUCAAGCAGAGCGAAGAGGAGCUGUACGCAAGACACAGGGAGAUGAAGGAGCAACUGGACAGACAGCGACAAGAGCUCGAGGAAAAGAAGGCGAGGGUCGAAAGCGGACGGCCGCUCGAGGAGAAGGGCAAGAGAAAGGGGUUCUCCCUGCGCUAA